UUGAAACCAAAACAAAGAAAGAACAUUUUUGUAUAAGAAACAAGUUGGUUCCAAUACAUCACUGAACUCAGCUGCCGCAAAAGCAGCUUGUGUUCGUCGUCCGCCGCCUGAAACACUCACAACCUAACAUCUCAUCAAUUUUCUUUCUCUCUUCCAAUUCCCAAAUCACGAACCCUAAUUCCAAAUGUGACUAAACCCAAAUUCUCUAUCUCGAUUUCUCUCUUCUAGAUUAACGAAACUCUUUGCAGAUUAUUCCAAGUUUCUAAUGAUGUCUUCUAAGAAAGCCUCCUUAGUUACUGUUAAUUCUCUAAUGAGACUGUGCAAUCGAUGUUGUUCUCGCCACGUUGCAAAUUGUAUCAAAGGGUCUAAUACAUCAAGGAAUAUUUCCACCGCUGCUGAAAGGUGGGAUUAUCAAGCUAAUGAUUCUUCGGAUUACCAUCAAAAUUGUCCUAGGUUUCAUCAGCAAAAUGCAAGUGGAUAUUUUCCGAAUAAUCAUGCUAGUUCAGAGCGAAUUUAUUAUGGAUCUGGUCAAACUGCACAUGGAGGGCAUGUAAAUAAUAAUAUCACUCAGAAUGUAGUUCAAAAUAAUUUGGCAGAGCAUAAUGGAAGUGUCAAUGAGGACUUUGGUCAAAGAAACUUCAAAAUGCAACAUAAAGUUGGGGUAGGUGUUGAUAAUUCAAGGGGCUUUGGGAUGCAUCCUUAUGGUUCUUUUGAGAGACAUAAUUGGAGACUAGAAUCCGGAGAAACGAUGAAGUAUCCCAAUUCACAUAGUUUACUUAGGCCUAUAGAUUAUCAGGGACAUCAUGGGAACCUUACUCAAAACCUUGGUCGUUGGCAGCAGGCUCGAAAUUCAGAUAAUCAAAACUCUGCUUCAGAUACAGAUAAACUUAAGAAACUAGAUGAAGUUUGCAAGGAGGGUGAAGUGAAGAAAGCAAUUGCUGUUUUGCAAGAGUUAGAAAAGCUUCAUACUUAUGUGGAUUUGUAUCUUUGUUUGCGAUUAAUGCAACUGUGUGGAAAGGCUGAGUUUCUUGAAGAGGCAAAAGUUGUACACAUAUAUGUUUUACAACAUUUGUCACCUCUCACAGUUCGCACAUGCAUUAGAAUAUUAGAGAUGUAUUUUCAAUGUGGUUCUGUAGAUGAUGCAGUCAACGUGUUCAGGAACAUGAACAUGACUGAGCGCAAAUUGAUUGAGGAACUUGAUAGUUCUUGCAUGGAGGGUGAAGUGAAGGAAGCAAUUGAUGUUUUGCAAGUGUUAGAAAAGUUUCAUAUUCUUGUAGAUUUGGAUCGUUGUUUGCGAUUAAUGCAACAAUGUGGGAAGACCAAGUCUCUUGAAGAGGCAAAAGUUGUACACAGAUAUGUUUUACAACAUUUGUCACCUCUUAAAGUCAGCACAUGCAAUGGAAUAUUGGAGAUGUAUUUUCAAUGUGGUUCUGUAGAUGAUGCAGUCAACGUAUUCAAGAACAUGACUGAGCGCGAUUUGACUACUAUAUGUAUUAUGAUAAAGCAGCUCGCUAAGAAUGGGUUUGCAGAAGAUUCAAUUGAUUUAUUUACUCAAUUUAAAAGGUCAGGACUAAAACCUGAUGGCCAAAUGUUUAUUGGGGUUUUUGGUGCAUGUAGUAUGUUGGGAGAUAUUGUUGAGGGAAUGCUGCACUUUGAAUCCAUGAGUAGGGACUAUGACAUUGUACCAACUAUGGAACAUUAUGUAAGUCUAGUAGACAUGAUUGGUAGUAUUGGGCAUCUUGAUGAAGCCUUGGAGUUCAUUGAAAAGAUGCCAAUGGAACCAAGUGUAGAGGUAUGGGAGACUUUGAUGAAUAGUUGUAGAGUUCAUGGAAACACUGAGCUGGGGGAUCGUUGUGCUGAACUGGUUGAGAAGUUAGAUCCAUCUCGUUUGAAUGAAAAAUCAAAAGUUGGUCUUUUACUCAUAGAAACUUCAGACAUAACAAAAAACAAAAAGCAGAACAAACCACCAGACAAUAAUCCUGUAGGAAAUAUGAACCGUAUCCAUGAAUAUCGAGCAGGAGAUACUUCACUUCCAGAAAAUAACAUGAUCUAUGUUUUGCUUAGACGUUUGAGGGUGCAGAUGAAAGAAGCUGGCUAUAUUGCAGAGACAAGAUUUUGUUUACAUGACGUAGACCAGGAAGAUAAAGAAGAUGCUCUCCUUGGCCACAGUGAGAGACUUGCUAUUGCUAAGGGUCUCCUUAACAGUCCGGCUCGUAGUACCAUCAGAGUAAUUAAGAAUCUCCGUGUUUGUGGUGAUUGUCAUACUGCAUUGAAGAUUAUUUCUGAUCUUGUGGGAAGAGAAUUCAUCAUCCGAGAUGCUAAAAGGUUCCAUCAUUUUAAAAAUGGGCUAUGCUCCUGCAGGGAUUAUUGGUGAACAUUAACCUAGGUGUAUCCCGACUCCACACUGGAUUGAAUAAUGCGGCUGUUGGUUACAACGCUCCAAACCUGUUCUUCAUAUAUCUCAUGGUUAUUGAAAUCAAUCUUUAUAUUCACAAGGAGAUUAACCAAAGUCUUCCGCACUAUAGGCAUUUAAAUCAUCAAGCAGCAUGUCGUGUAUUCAAGGAGACAACUGUUUUGACUGUCAGCAAGCAUAUCUUCAUUUAACAGAACUCAAAUUAACCUAUUUCUUUUAUAGUCAGAAUUACUUCCUUGUGUCAUAGCUAGCUAGCAUAUGGUAUGCAGAUUGUCUUAUAAUUUUGUAUGACUUGUCAUGUGUAAAACAACACACCUUGUUGGUGCUGAGAUUUAAAGAUUAAAAACAAUACACGGGCUAAGAUUCGAUGUGUCACCUCAUGAUUGUGCUGAAGUUGCAAUAACUUCUGGCUUUGAGUUGAGGCAUGGUUAUAUGUUUGCACUGUGUUUCCAAAAGUGUGCCAAGUUCUUUAUGGAGUUGUAUUAUUCGAACAUUCAUAUAUGUCAUAACUUUUGUACAAUCAAA